AUGGAAGUGACCUUCAAAAAGGCCCGACUGGGAAAGGACAGCCUGGAGGAACAAUCGGAGGAGGAGGAACGCGAUGAGCGCUCCUCUGGCCAAGAUUUGUUUGGGUGGUGGGCCCUGCCGGAACCAGUGCUCUUGAUGAUUUUUGAGCACUUGAGUGUGCCCGAUCUCCUGAGGGCGGGUCGCUGCUGUGUGCGCUGGCACAGCAUCGCCAAGGACGACCUAUUGUGGCGCCACAAGUUCCAGGAGCACUUCAAAGCCUCUCCGAGCAUUCCGCUCAAGCCGGGGGCCGAGAGCUGGCGAGCGGAGUACAAGCGCCUGUCAAUGCACAUACCCUUUGUCCAGGCACAGCGACUGGAGCCCACUGUGGAGAACAACCACGGCCACACGCACCAAGUGCUGCAUGUGAGCUUUGCCCACAACGGGGAAAUGUUCGCCACCUGCUCCAAGGACGGAUAUGUGAUAAUCUGGAAUGCCCAGCAUCCGUGUUCGGAGAAGUAUGCGCACAACAUGAAGCAGUUUAGCUGGAAGUACUCCCAAUACUCGCAGUUCAAUCAGAGCGACACCUUGCUCCUCGUCUCCGGUGUUCACUUUGGCUCGCCCCAGUCCACUUCCGGGGAGAUUGCUGUAUUCUAUUUGGGAGCAACAGAGUCACACCUACGCUGCCGGGUGGUAAAUCGUCCGUAUGACAUCUUUGGCACCUGGUUCAGCGAUCAAUAUCUGAUCUCGGGCGACCUGCACUGGCUGGCGCACUUGGUGAGCACCUCGGUUCUGUGGCUGAACAAGGCCAACCAAGAAAUCGACUCGGAGCAUGUGCCGAUCAUGAGCCAGCUAUAUAAGUUUUACAACCGAAAUGCUAGCUCGGUUCGAGCUAUAAUGGUGGCAAGAUGUCCAUGGCUGGACGAGAGUAACGAUCCCCUGGCCACUAUUGCCGACCAGGAAAGUCACAGCGCAGUGCUUUCGUCACCCAGUGGUGAUCAGGGAUCUAGCUCGCAGGCCAGUGGCAAUCCAGUGUCACAUGCUGCCAGCCUACGACGCACAAGGAGCGCAACACCCGAAGAAAACUACUUGCCGGACAUCAGCGAGCGUCGUUCUAGAUCGAGACCCGGCGACGCCACCAUACACUACUUAGAGGAAUACAGGAGAGCAGUGGCCACCACUAAUGAACCGAACGAUGACGACGACGAGGAGUAUGACUCAAUGGACGUACAAGAGGAAUACGACGAAAUGGAGAACAGUAUACCCAAAUAUCUCAUUUUUUCAACGGGCUCCACCACCUUCACGCCUCACCAAAUUGGAUUCAAGCGCAUACGCAACGUGUUCUUUCCCAAAAAGCUCGAUCCUGGGCCAACUCUUAAAGAAAGGAUAGCUGCAAAGCGCGCCGCCGAGCAGCAACAGCAGCAGACCCCGCGCACCGAUCCAGACUGGUGGGAUUAUGAGUCAGUCAAGGAUAGAUUCGACAAGGUGGACAAGGUAAUUGACUUGCACGGACAUAUUAUUGGCAUGGCACUGAGCCCAGACCACCGCUACUUGUACGUCAAUACACGUCCCUGGCCGAAGAACUACAUGAUCACCAAUCCUCUGGAGCCGCCACCAAUUGCUCAAGAGAUUGACAUCCACGUAAUUGACCUAAUGACUCUCAAGCGGGUGGGCAACAUGCUGCGCGCCCACAAGGCCUACACUCCCAGCGCGGAGUGUUUCUUUAUCUUCCUUGAUGUUUGCGAGGAAUAUGUGGCCAGUGGAGCGGAAGAUCAACAUGCCUACCUGUGGGAUAGGUACUACGGCAUCAGCUUAGCAAAGUUUAAGCACUCGGAUGUGGUUAACAGUGUGGCCUUCAAUCCUCGCGACUCGGAGAUGCUGGUCACCACCAGCGACGACUAUACAAUCAAGGUCUGGCGCUCACGAGCAAAGGCAAAGGAGUUCAAUAUCCCCAUUAACGUCAGCGAAUCCUUCGAGUUGAAGCCGAAAAACUGAUGACUGCAUACGAUUUUAAAUCCCCAAGUGGUUCUUACUGCCCAAAAACACAGUCUGUGUUUGUAGAUCCGAGUGCUUGCUAGUUGGUUGCAUGUUGUUAACGUUUAUAAUUAUACAUAUUUAAAUUGGA